CAUACCUUCCUGCUUCGAUGUCAUCUCGAGCAGCCUGCGUGACGAAUCGUCGUCGAAAGGGUUAUGUAACUCCUUAGUGCCACACAUGGGACAAUGGUAUUUCCUCAUGCGAUUGUUCAGGGGCAGGCUUCGGAACGCCUUCUAUAUAGCAUAAUGCGGAUGUUGUGGACCGGCCAGUGUGUCCAGGGAGUGAAGAUGAGAGCCUGUUUACUUUUGGUGCUGGUGGCGUUUGAGGCAAAGGCGGAUUACAGGAGCGAUGGCCUUGAUUUCAGGGGGUUCCUGCCGAGCGCCGGGUACCGCACGGAGGACCAGCUGGCCGAACCCUCUGCGAGGGUCGAGAAGGGCGACCGCGACAGCCAGCCGGAGAGGACGCAGCGCUUCGGAAUCUCCUCUUACGGGAGCACCGGGGGGCAGGGAGGCUACGGUAGUUCAGCGCCAGGAUUGUACGGACCAGUGAAGAUCGACCUGGGAGGAGUGCUAAUCGGGUCAAUCCUUGGCUUCGGAGCUGUCAUCAUUCUGCCCAAAAUUAUCCACGCAUUGUCAUACGGCUAUGGCGGCGGUUACGGUCGAAGUCUGGAGACCGACAUGAGUCAGAUAUCAGACAUGCUGAACAAGCUCGACGAGACGCUCAGCCGUUACAACAUCGACUCGGGCGCGUGCAUGCAGCGGCUGUCGUGCUCCUACGUGCAGCUCGCCAACGAGAACAUGCUCGCUGGGAACGCUACUGACUUCGACGCGUUGCUGUCUAAUUUGUCUAACAAUUCAUUUGUUCGACGUAUGUUGGACGGCACCGCAAUAUUCGAGGCUAUCUCCGCCGGUCGGUCCAUGGACACCGAUUGUCAAUCUCUGUAUCCCAAGUGCAAGAUGGACAAGAAAACUGUAGUAAAGAUUCUAACACAGCUCGUUCCUUCCUAAAGAU